AAACGCGAGAAAAGAAUAUCGGAAUGGUAAAUGAAACAAAAUUUUGGGAUGAAAUUCGAAAAGACCUACCACGAUAUAAGAAGAGAAAACCUAGAGUUGUUCCUGCUUUCACCAUUCAAGCUUUACAGGAAAACACUGUAGUUGAAAAACCUCCUCGAUAUGAAUUGUAUAAACCUCAACCACCUAAACCAUCAACUUUUCGAAAAUUCUAUGAAUGGGGAGUAUUUCCAGUUGCAUUGGAAAAGGAUAAAUAUGGGACAAAACUUAGCUGGAAAGUUAACAUCGAGGAUUUAGAUUUUCAUCAUUAUUUACCGUUGUUUUUUGAUGGGUUAACGGAAACUGAACAACCGAUUAAGUUUAUAGUAGAACAGGGAAUAUCUGACAUGUUGGAACAUGGUGGUCCUAAAAUUUUACCUGUUGUGCCACAAUUAAUAAUUCCUAUUAAAAAAGCCUUAAAUACAAAAAUGCCAGAAAUUAUGUGUACAACACUGAGAGCUCUUCAAAAUCUUGUACGUUCUACAGAUUGUGUUGGAGAAGCUUUAGUACCGUAUUUUAGACAAAUCUUACCAGUGCUUAAUUUAUUAAAAGAUAGAAAUGUGAAUCUUGGAGAAGGUAUCGACUACUCGCAACAAAAAGGUGAAAACGUCGCAGAUAUAAUACAAGAAACUCUUGAAUUACUUGAAAUAUAUGGAGGUGAAGAUGCUUUUAUAAAUAUUAAAUAUAUGAUUCCUACAUAUGAAUCUUGUAUGAUGAAUUAAAUAAUACCUAUUUAUAUUGUCCACUAAUUAUCUAGUAAUGAUUUUAAACUAUAAAACUCUAGAACUAUAAAAAAAUAUCUAUUAUCUUAAACAUAAUUGUUAUUUAUAAAUAUUAUACAAAACAUUAUAAAACAUGGUAAAUUAUAUAACACUCAAUUAUUCAUACAUAAUGUUUG